AUGGCACUUCUUCAGACUUCCCUCAUCUGGGUGGUGUAUGCAGUGGUGCUAGCUCUUCUGCUAGCAGUGGCAUCGAUAUUUAUCUAUGUCUAUCAGACCCCACGCGACCGUUCGGCUUCGGUCACCUUGACCUGCAUCAUUUCAAUCACCAGUCUUCUGGCAACAGUGCUCUUGCUGCCGGUCGAUGUCGCUCUCGUAUCGUCAACCACAUCAUCUAAGCUAGGCCAGCGGAAGGACUGGGCGACUCAGGAUGUGGUGGACAGGAUCACCUACUCCUUAACCGUCAUCUAUUAUCUUCUCUACUCCUUGGAUGCAGUGCUUUGUUUGCUAGUCAUCCCCUUCACAUAUUUCUGGUAUGAGGAAUAUGAUGAAGUUGCGACCGACACAGGCGAGCAAACCGUGGGCCAACGGAUUUGGGCUGCGUUCAAAUACACUUCUCUAUUUCUUGUGGUUGUUGUGAUCUUAUUCCUCGUCGGAUUCUUUGUCCCGGUAUCCCAAGGCAAGGGCGACAUGGACUUAGACUACUUCAGGCGCUUAUUGACUGAAAACCAUGGCGAGCAUGCUCUCACUUUUGGUCUUGGAUUGUUGAUGACGAUUGGUAUUUGCCUCUAUGUCUUGUAUACAUCUGUGGGACUGGCCCUUCUACCAAUCAGCUUGAUCAAGUCAGCGCCGUCAAUCUCCAGUGCGACCUUGCAAGCAAGCAUUACACAACAGUUGGAGACCAAUCGAGAGCGCCAACGGCAGCUCGAAGGUCGAUGUGCCGGAGAUCCAGAGCUUCUGUCUUCGAAGGAUCGUCGGGAACUCGAUACAUUAGUGCGAGAAGAGAGAACAUUGAUUCGACGCCAGCGUCUAGCCGAAGAAUCUCACGGCGAAGGUCGAGCUUGGUUUAUGAAGGCAUGGCACAAGAUUGGGGCAGUGCUCCGUCCCUUCAAACUCCUGGGAGGCAUUCUACUAGUCGUUAUUGCUGUCCUCAUAUGGGUUUCCAUGCUUUUGACAGCAAUUGACAAAGCAAAGAAUUCGAUUUGCAAGCAUCGCUGUGGCUACAUCCUCGCACAUGUCAACAUCUUCAACCCAGUCAACUGGAUACUUGUCCAAUCCGCCAAGCUCUUCCCUAUCGACUACGCCAUAUUCACCGUGCUCGUGUUGCUGUUCUUCUGUAGUUCUGUGGUCGGGAUCGCUGUGGUUGGAAUCCGUUUCUUAUGGAUUCGGAUUUUCCAGAUCAGAAGCGGCCACACAUCUCCGCAGGCUCUCCUUCUAGCUACUGCUAUGUUGAUGCUGAUUAUUCUCGCGCUGAACUAUUCCAUUUCGAUGUUAGUUGCCCCCCAAUACGCUACCUUUGGCCCACAGACAUUCUGUGAUCGCGCCCCUGGAAUUUCUGGUGAGCAGCCAGAUUGCUCGAACAGCAAAGAGCUCAUCAAACCCUGCUCCGAGUUGGCAAAGAAUCCUUCUGCGCAACAAGUCUGCACACCCAGUGUUGUGAGCACUUUCUUGAAUCGGGUAACCUUGAACUACCCUUUCUUUGGGGUGGUAUUCUUUUGGGCACAGUUUUUCUUCUUGGGCUUGUAUCUGAUUAUCUUCGUCACAUCUCUUCUCCGCUCACCUAAGUUGGACGAGGCCCAACUUGACGAGGAUGCCGAGGAAGCGGAGGAGGAAGGCCUAUUGGCCAAUACCGGUAGACGCUUCAAUGCCAGCUGGCAAGACAUCACAGGUCGAACUUCCCAGACUGGACGUUCUCAGGAAUGA